AUGGACGAGCUUGCGGCAAUCCUUCGUGGGGCCCUAAAUGACUACAAUGAGAUAAAUCCGGCAAUGGAUCUGGUGCUUUUCGACGAUGCAAUGCAUCAUGUUUGUAGCAUCUGCAGGGUAAUUAACAACAGGGCAGGCCAUGCUCUUUUGGUUGGAGUGGGUGGAUCUGGCAAACAGUCAUUAACGAGGCUAUCGUCUUUUAUAAGCGGGUUUUUCACUCAGCAGCUUUCCAUAUCGUCCACAUAUGACAUCCGGGACCUUAAAAACGAUAUUAGGGUACGGUGCCAACAGAGCAAUAUGUAUUCCCGAGCAGCUCUUAAAGAUGAAGGAGUUGUUUUUAUGCUAAGCGACGCUCAAAUUGCAAGCGAAAGGUUCUUGGUGUAUGUAAAUGACAUACUUGCAUCCGGAGACAUUGCUGACUUAUAUGAGGGAGAUGACAAGGACCAGCUGAUGAAUGCUAUCCGACCACUAGCAAAGGCAGCCGGAGUUUCGGACACCCGGGAAGGCUGCUGGAAUUUCUUUAUUGACAAAAUCAGACGCAAUUUGCAUGCUGUACUGUGCUUGUCACCAGUCGGUGAUGGCCUGAGGACUCGAGCUCGCAAGUUCCCCGCUCUCGUCAACUGCACAGUAAUCGACUGGUUCCAGCCUUGGCCCUACGAGGCCUUACAUUCAGUGGCUACCAAAUUCUGCGCUGAGAUACCACUUGGAGAUGAAGAGUCAAUUAGCAAGGCAAUUGUGGACUUUCUACCGUACAUGUUUUACGCCGUUAAUGAUGCAACAAGAACAUACUUAGAAGUGGAGCGCAGGUUCGCUUAUGUUACCCCGAAGACAUUCAUAGAGGCCAUGAAGCUCUACAAAUCCAUGCUUUUGAAACGCAUAUCAUCUAUAGAAGAGCAUAGCGAACGCCUAAGCAGCGGCUUAUCAAAGUUAUUAGAUACUCAGGAAAAGGUGUCAGCACUGGAAGAUGACUUACGCGAGAAAACAGUUACAGUGGAGGAGAAAAAGGCAGCGGCUGAGGAAUUCGCGCAGAAGGUGGGAGAAGAAAAGGCGAAAGUGACUGCAGAGUCCAAAAAUGCGAGUAUCGAGGCCCUUAAGUGCGCCGAAAUCCAGAAAUCAGUUUCUGAGCAACGAGCAUCUUGCGAGGCGGACCUAGAAAAAGCAAUUCCACUAGUACAACAGGCAGAAGCCGCUCUGAAUACGCUUAACAAAAAGGACUUCCAGGAAGCAAAGGCGCUUAACAAACCUCCUGCAGGGGUUGAAGAUAUUACUGCUGCUGUGAUGCAUCUACUUGCAACAGUUGAUCCAAUUAUUGAUGUCGACAAGCAGGGAAAACUGAAAGACAAAAGCUGGAAGGGAGCGCAAAAGAUGAUGAACAACCCUGAGAAAUUUCUGCAGACACUGAAAGACUUUAAGGGGGUCAUCGAUGAAGGCCGCGUGCCCGAACAAAACUUCAAAGCUGUGGAACCGCUACUAGCGCUUCCGCACUUUAAUCGCGAGGCUAUCCAAAAGAAGAGCACAGCUGCAGCAGGUCUUGCAGAGUGGGUUGUCAACAUAUAUCAGUAUUACACUGUAGUGGUGUCUGUAGAACCCAAAAGAAGGGCGUUGGCAGAAGCUACGCAGCAGCUGGAAGACGCAAAUAAGAAGCUUGUCGAGGUACAGAAUUUGGUUGCGGAUCUUGAGGAAAAGCUAGGGCAGCUGGUAGCGGAGUUUGACUCUGCAAUAGCAGAGAAAAAUGCUGUAGAGGAAGAGGCACAGAAGUGUCAGAAAAAGUUAGAUCUAGCCCAAAGGCUCAUGCGCUCAUUGGGAUCCGAAGGAGCCAGAUGGGGGCAAACGAUUGAUGACUUGAAAGAGCAACGACGAGUCACCGUUGGAGACAUGCUACUGUCUUCAUCAUUCGUGGCGUAUGCUGGAGUUUUUAGCAAAAAGUAUCGGGAUUGGCUGACAUAUGAAAAAGCCAUGCCUUUCAUAAUUGACCGAGGAGUGCCUUUACGACAGCCUGCAGCUGUACUUGCCCAGCUCACAAAUGAAGCUGAAAUGGCACUGUGGAGCAAUCAAGGUCUCCCAUCAGAUCCGGCGUCUUUAGAAAACGGCGCAAUCGCCUCUACAACAGAGCGGUGGCCUCUCAUGAUAGAUCCGCAAAUGCAAGGAAGGAAAUGGGUUGUAGAGAAAGAAAAGGGGAAUAGUCUUCAGGCAAGCAGUUUUGCACUGCCGCUUACAACGCCUAGGAACACCACCAGCCUAACGUUUCAUUUGGGAGGUGGCCACAGUGCUGAGCCUGAGAGAAAAUUCUCGGUUUCUUCAUUUUACAAGCGCAACGAAAACAGUGACUACGAGAGCGAACCAAGGUGUCAAACACAACUGCAGGUGGUGCGCCUCAACACUCCCCGAAUGAUAUCCAUCAUGGAGAUGGCCAUUCAACAGGGAACUAGCGUACUAAUCGAAAAUUUGGAACAGUCCAUCGACCCCGUCCUGGCGCCUGUUGUCGGACGUCUAACCAUCCGGAGGGGUCGGUCGCAAUAUCUCAAACUUGGGGACAAGGAAGUGCCUUACAAUACAAACUUCAGGCUAUUCCUGCAGACACGAUUAUCUAAUCCACAUUAUCCUCCCGAACUCCAUGCUGAAUGUACCCUCAUAAACUUCACCGUCACAGAAAAGGUAAAACAUUUCCAGAAGUUCUUGCUCCUCAGUGGAGGGUCCGACAGAAAGACAAAUCAGCUCAACAUUGUUGUCUUGUGUAACUAUGCGUGCGCUCUUGUAUUGACGAAGGGCCUGGAAGAUCAGUUACUCGAUUUGACGAUGCAAAAGGAACAACCUAGACUCUUUAAACGAAGAAUUCAUCUUGUUCAGCAGCAAAAUGAGUUUACCAUUCUUCUUGCCGAUCUUGAGAACACCCUUUUGCGGGAAAUAUCCUCUGCCGAAGGCGAUGUGCUGGAGAAUAUCGAGCUGAUCCAAAACCUGGAAAAGACAAAGCAGAUCACCACAGAAGUUUCGGAGAAGGUUGCUCUUGCGAAAGUAACUCAAGAGAAGCUUAAUGCUGUAUCGGAAAUGUAUAGACCGGUGGCCCGUCGAGGAGCCAGUCUGUUUUUCUUACUAGCUCAACUUUUCAAAAUACACAGCUUUUAUCUAUUCUCGAUGGAAUCGUUUGUUGCAGUCAUCAACCGGGCAAUCGAUUCAAUAUCAGAGAAACCAUCGUUGACAAAGGAAACGGAACACUCUGCUCCUGAACCAAACGCUGAGGAUCUUGCGGAAGGGACUACUUCAGAAAAUCCUACGCCGAGUAGCAAUGCUACCGUGGCCAAAAACAAUUUGGAUGCUCCUCUCAAAGAGAUCUCUAACGACGAGGACAAAGAUCAAAUUAACUGCGAGAAUGCUGGACCUGAGAUUCCGCAGCCUGCAAGCGAAUCGGAGUCACAAGCAUUUGACAAUGCAGAAGAUACAGCAAUUGGAUCUGCAGUUCCCCUCUCACAGAACGAAAAAGAAUCUGCAGACCAAAAGCAGGAACUCCCCGUUAGCGAAGAGCCACCCAACGACGAAUUGGUUGAAGACGAAGAGGAAAAAGAUGCCAGCCCAGAUGCGUCUCGUGUUACGCUGCUUAAGGAUGAGGAACAAAAUAUCGUCACGAAGGAAGAGGUUCGUCUGCUGACUCGUGUCGGUCCUGACCCUACAGCCCCACCUAUGCCAGAGGCAGCUCGCUCGUGGCUAUCCGAGGCACAGUGGUCUUGCUGUCGGUCCCUAGAACAGCUGAAAGCUUUCAAAAACAACCAAAUAUCCUUACUGCAAAACUUCGACCAAGAUUCUCUUGGAUGGGCUAGAUGGAUGGCUGAGGACACUCCAGAAACCCUUGAGCCUCCGCGAUUGUUCCGCGGGAUUACUGAAUUCGAAAAGCUGUUGCUCCUGCGGUACCUUAGACCAGAUAGAAUGAUGUCAGCACUUCAGCAGUUUGUCGCUGGGCAAAUCGGAAGAUUCUUUGUGGAGCCUCCUGCUAUUGAUAUACAUGAAAUCGAGAAAGAAGCUGACAAAUUCACUCCAAUAUUCAUUGUUCUUUUCCCUGGUGUUGACCCCACCCCCGCGUUAGAGGCUAUUGCAAGAUCAAAAGGGUGUACAUCUGUCAGUCACGCACGUUUAUCUAAGCACAGCAUGGGAAACGCUACAGCGAUAGUGCAGGCUUACGGAAAUGGAAAAUUCAUAAAUAUAUCCAUGGGUCAGGGACAAGAAGAUCGCGCAAUCAGUGCUGUUCAGGAAGCAGCGGAUACAGGUGGCUGGGUUGUCCUGCAAAACGUGCACCUCAUGCAAGAAUGGCUCAAGCGCCUUCAACGAAAGUUAGAAGAAGUAAGCUCAGCAGCGCAUCCUGAAUUCAGAUGUGUUGUGACGUCUGAGCCUCCUCCUCUACGUGACCUGCAAAUUAUUCCCGAGGCACUACUUCAACGGAGCAUCAAGAUUGCCGAUGAAGCUCCUCAGGACCUUAAAGCCAAUCUUCGCAGGGCACUCUCCUGCUUCUCGCGGGACAUGGUUGAGUCUUCUUCUCGUCCUCGGGAGUUCAAGGCACUGUUGUUCUCUUUGUGUUACUUCCACGCGCUGAUCAUCGGCCGCAAAAAGUUUGGCUUUCUGGGCUGGAGCCGGUCCUACUCAUUUAACGAGGGAGAUUUGACAAUAUGCGGCAAUGUCAUAAGGAAUUACCUAGACAAGUAUGCUAGUAUACCUUUUGAAGAUAUCCGGUAUAUUUUGGGAGAAAUUAUGUACGGUGGCCACAUCACGGAUGGCUUUGAUCGUCGCGUAAAUAAUACAUACUUGGCAGGCCUGAUUCUGCCUGAGGUACUUCAAAGCUACCAGCUUGGUCCUUCUUUCCGAACUCCAGACCCAGCGAAGACGGACUUCGCUCUAUACGAGAAAUUUGUUGAGGAACGGACGCCUCCGGAAAACCCACAGGAAAUAGAGCGAAUGAACGUUCUGUUGGUGGAGGCUAGACGAACCUUGGAGCAGGUCAAGAAAGGCUUGGAGGGCGCACUGAAUUUGACUGAGUCUAUGGAACAACUGUCAGCCUCCGUCUACAUGGGCAGGGUUCCAGAAGCUUGGAAGCCGUACGCCUAUGAGUCGCGCAAGCAGCUGGCACCCUGGGUGAAUGACCUCCUGCAUCGGGUGAAACAACUAGAUGAUUGGAACGCAGACUUUACCCUCCCUUGUCCUCUGUGGAUAUCGGGGCUUUUUAAUCCUAUGUCAUUCCUGACGGCCGUAAUGCAGGUUCGUGCGCGAGAGGAGUCGCUCGCACUAGAUCGCAUGUGCCUCUGGUGGACAGUGACAAAUAUCCGGUAUGGGGCUGCAGCAGGAGCGGCGCAGAUGGGGUCACAACCGCAACAGCCGCCUAUAACGGCUCCCGAAAAAGGAGUACUGAUUCAUGGGCUUUUCCUGGAAGGUGCGGCUUGGGAGGAUGGCAAGGGAGACGUCGAAGGAAAUCUUACUCAAGCACAGCCCAAGGUUCUACAGUACCCAAUGCCUGUCUUCCUAGUGCAGGCCAUACCAACUGAGGAGGCCGACAAUACCGGCAUGUACAACUGCCCUGUUUAUCUAACAUCAGCAAGAGGACCAACCUAUGUGACCACUGCAAAUCUGCGGAUGAGUGCGGAUGAUUCGGAACGACGCUGGGUACUUGCGGGAGUAGCACUGACUAUGGCGACCGAUUCAUGA